UGGUGGAAUUUCUUUGUGGGUCUCUUGCUGGAAUUCACAUAUGGAAGUAAUAAUUGGCCUUUUUUCAAACCUUCAUGAAUAAGGAAGAGGCUAUUCCUUGUGGUGGUUGUUCUAUGCAGAUGUCUGGAGACACAGGAGGAGGUGCAAUAAUAAACUUCUGGCACUUUACAUUCAUUUUCCAGGUACCACCUAAAUGCAGGUGCAAUCCUCUGUCAGGAAGCUGAAGAUACAAUUGAUCACAUAAAGAGGGAGCUUAAGGCUUAGUCACUCCUUUCUUCUGAGAUGUGUAAGGCCAAUACAGAAUUAACUGUGGAGCAGCAAUCAACUAUUUGCACUCUUUCAAAUACUACUUUCCCUGUCUCCUACACCAAGAACAGCUGACAGGCAACAAGGAAGAAUAGAGGUUGCAGAAGGUGAACUCAAUCCUUUCAAAUCUGUAGGGCCCUAAUUUUUUAAGAUCAGAAAUUUUGAGUUGAGUAGUGAUUUGCUCCAUGCUUAUUCCUCCUCCAACCUUCAUUUAAUUAACUGCAUGAUUUGGAGCUACUAACUCUUUAAUUUCCUGCCUUCAUUUCUUCAUAUUCAAGUUCAUCCACCUAAGAAUUUGAAUUCUUUAGCUUCAGGCAAUCUUAAGAAGGUGAGUAAAUAUAAUGAUGUAAGUUAUUGCAAUGAUCUUGUCCUUGCCAAGUAAAGCUGAUGUUUCUGAAAGGUCCUGAUACAAUUUUUAUGCAGAAGUGGUUUGUUUCUUCUAGGCUCUUUCUGUGUUUUUUUCUUUUCCGUAAAGGGAGGGACAAUCAGCAGGUUGUGUGUGUAGCAGACAGGCUGUUGGGAAAAAAAACGACUUGAACAAAGCCAUCUGUCUGCAGCUGUAGUUUGAAUUUCUGAGCUCUGAGGAUUGCCUUCCAGUUAAUCCCUUUUGCAGUCUGUGUGAUCUGUGUUGGGGUUUGUUUCUUCCCUUUGCAUUUUUUUCAGAGGGUGGGGUUUGUUUGUUUUGGGUUCUUUUUGUGAGGCUCAGAUUUCUUGGGCCUGUAUUAGUUUUCAAGGUUUUGUUCUUUGUGCUGUCUCUCUCAACAUGUAUAAAACAUGUUAUUAUCCCUCUCACAUCCUUGAUUUUCUUAUUUUACAUGCAGAAUACGUCAACUUGUUGAUUUGCUGACUGAAAACUAGUUUUUCUUUCAAACAGGAAAUGUGAACAUGAAUUACUUUGCAGUUACAGUUAUUCUUUGGUACCAGCUUGAGACUGGAAAGUUCAAGUGGCCUGUGGAAUUGAGCAUUUCUUCUCUCUUUGGUAUUUCUGUGGAUUCUACUGGGUGUUUAUUAGAAGUUGCCUCGUUUAUGUUGCUCUGGAAUUUUUUUAUCUGUAAAUUGCUUGCAUGACCUUUCCAUUGUAUAAUAAAUUAUUUCUGUACUCUAUUAUUUCUGAAAGAAGCGACCUGUUUUGAAAUGGUGGGAUCCAUAUCCUACUUAGCCAGUUAGGCAAACAAAGAGUUACAGCGAUGGUAGCUUUUCCUCCCAACCUUCUUUGAUCACAGAUCAGCUGGCUCCAACUUCAGGCAGUGUGGCAAAGGGGAAAUAAGAGAUGCCCGGGGUGUGCGGUGGGGAGAGUAGCGUGCUAUUCAGUUCUGUUUCAGAAGUGAGGGUUGUUUAGGGUUUUGAUAGUAGGUUUGUCAGAAGGUGUUUGUGUCACAGCAUCAUGCUACGGGCUCUCCCCUCCAGCCGGACUUCUGUGUACAGCAUUCCAGCUCCGGACGCUGAGCGGGCUGCAGGGCAGGAAAGUCCACAUGUGUGCUACUACCCAUCCUACCAAGAUGGCUUAUGUCAAAAGUAUCAUGUCUUCAAAAGGAUGAAGUUUUCUUUCUGGAGGAGACGGCUUCUAGGAAUAUUAUCUGUAGUUUCUUUAACAGUUACAGUAAUCGUGCUAGUCCUGCACUAUUCUUUCUCACCAGCUUUCUCCUUCAUUUAUAUUGGUGGAAGCCUAGAAAUUCCUAAUUUGACUUACACAAAUGACCUCAAUGAUCCAACAUCACAGAAAUUCCUCCUGCAAGCAGAAGCAAUCCAAAAUUAUUUGGCAGAAACAUAUGAGUCUUCCUUCUUGGGAAAGUACUAUUUGAAGUCUGUGGUGGCUGCUUUCAGUGAAGGGGAACUUGGACUUCGAGCUUACUACUGGAAUACAUUCUGGGCACCACAAGACAUAGUUACUUCUCUUAAGAAAUUAACCCCAGUGCAACAAAAAGAAAUGUGUAGUAAACAGGCAGCUCACUUGUUCAGUUCUUCUGGGGAGGAAGAUUUUGAUCUUGUUACAAUGGAGCUUUUUGUUUCAGAUUCCACAGAAUAUGAUGUGAUGCUAAAAUCAGUAUCCUUUGACCUGUAUGCCAAGCCAGGUAACAACAGGACUCUAACUCUGAUGAAUCCCAAAAAGUCUUUUUAUCAAUGGAGGCUGCGAGUUCCUUCUAACUAUGUGGUGAGACUGGUAGUUAUCACUUUGCAUGGUGUCACUCCAGAGAGCUGUGCAUCACACCACUUAUCAGCAUAUGAUUUCCUUCUUCCACUGCAAAACAAGAUCAUUACCAGGUGGUGUGGACCUGGGGCCUGGGCUCCUUCUGUUGUACGUUUAACUUCAUCUAGUAAUGUGAUGUUGCUUACCUUCUCAUUGGACCAAAGAGAAGGAAGCAGCAUAUUAAAAGCUCACUUUCAAGCCAUUCCUAAAAUCAUGUGUGGUGGUCAUUACAUUUCCUGGAACGGGACACUGAGUUCCCCUUAUUACCCAAGUUACUACCCACCAAACAUUGACUGCAGCUGGAUCAUCAAAGCACCAUUGCCUGGCUACAAGCUGUCACUAAAAAUCCUUGUAAUACAAAUUCAAGAGAAGUCUCCAGGGUCCAGUAAAUGUGAUAAAGACUGGUUAGAAAUUGAUGGAGUUAGAUACUGUAAAGCUCUUUCAGAAAACAACAGAAACAGGGAAUAUGGCUAUUCUGUUGCAAUCAAUUUCCAUUCUGAUGAACUGGUCACCCACAGAGGGUUUUAUAUUGAAUAUAAAGCCUUCAGUCACACAGACCGUUGUAAUCCAGAAUGGUUGAACUGUGGUGACAGGAAGUGUAAGCAUCAGUAUAAGUCUUGUAAAGAAGAUGACAGCUGUGGGGAGGACAGUGAUGAAAACAACUGCUCCUACAAAAGUUGCUCCCCUUAUGCAUACAAAUGUCUCAAUGGAAAGUGCUUGCUGAAACCAAAUCCUGAGUGUGAUGGGAAGAGAGACUGUGCAGAUGGAUCUGAUGAAAUGAACUGUGCUUGUGGAAGACACCAGAUUAAGAAAAACAGAAUCGUUGGAGGUGAAGAUGCAAGAUCUGGAAAGUGGCCUUGGCAAGCAAGUUUACAGAUGGGAGCACAAGGUCAUGUAUGUGGUGCAUCUAUUAUUUCCAACAGGUGGCUCAUAUCCGCUGCCCACUGCUUCCUGGACUCUGAUUCUGUGAGAUACUCUGUUCCUUUGGGAUGGAGAGCAUAUAUGGGCUUACACACUAUUAAUGGAAAGAGCAAUCGUGUAGCUAUGAGAUCAAUCAAAAGGAUUAUUGUCCACCCACAGUAUGACCAAUCUAUCUCAGAUUAUGACAUUGCCCUGUUGGAAAUGGAGAUGCCUGUAUUCUUCAGUGAGCUGGUCAUUUUGCCAAAACACUGCAAGAAGCUCGAGUGAGAAUAAUUAACCAAAGUGUUUGCAACAAGCUGUAUGAUGAUCUUAUUACAUCACGUAUGCUCUGUGCUGGGAAUCUUAAUGGUGGCAUUGAUGCA